AUGAUUGAAGAUUGUUGUGAUGAAAUUGAGACUCCAAUUUCAUUAACAAAUGUUUCCAGUAAGAUCUUGGAGAAAGCUCUUGUGUUUCUUGAGAAGCAUGCUGAGAAAGAAGAUGAGGAAAAGGAACUGAAAAAGUGGGAUCAAGAAUUUGUUGAUGGUUUCAAAGAUGAUCAGCAGACCCUUUUUAGGAUGAUUCUUGCUGCUGAUUAUUUGGCUGCUAAGUGUUUGAUGGGUGUAACUUGUCAAGCCUGUGCUGAUUUGGUAAUAGGUAAGUCACCUGAAUGGAUUAGAAAGUAUUUCAGUAUCAAGAAUGAUUUUAGUCCUGAAGAAGAAGAGGAAGUUAGAAGAGAGAAUCAGUGGGCAUUUGAGUAG